AGAGAGAGAGAGAGAGGAGGGGGAGGCUCGUUGUGUGCAGAAGGGCUCAUUUGAGGGGAACAGCCGCAGCCUGUGCAGAUAGAGAAAUACUUACGCACUGACAUCAGCCAAGAUAAUGCUCAGCCACUGUUGAUUUGAGGACAUCUCUACUGCCGGGCAAGGUGAUACUCCGGGAAGCUGUUUUCAUCCAUCCACGGGCUAUUUUUACGCGCGAGGGAAAAGAGAGCGACUCCGCGGCUGUUUCUCUCGGCUCUCUCUUCGGGGACUAUGAAGAGCGGAGCUGAAGUUUGAGCGACUCUAGGUUCAAACAGCGCGUCCAGGCCUCUGUGUUUGUUACCGCUCUUCCACGCAGGAGAAUAAAGGCUGGUAUUUCUCCCACUGUUGGAUUAUUGCCGUUUACCGAAAGGAUGGUGCUGGACAAGGAGGAGAGUGUGUCUCUUGUGUCCCUCCAGUCCAGAGAAAAGCCGAGGGGCUGCGCCGGCUGUAAUGGGAAGAUACGGGACCGCUUCAUGCUCCAGGCGUUAGACAGAUACUGGCAUGAGGACUGUCUGAAGUGUGCCUGCUGUGACUGCCGCUUGGGCCGGGUGGGCUCCACACUCUACACCCGGGCCAACCUCAUCCUUUGCCGCAGAGACUACCUGAGGCUCUUUGGGGUGACGGGGAACUGUGCAGCCUGCAGUAAGCUGAUCCCUGCCUUUGAGAUGGUGAUGAGAGCCAGAGACAACGUCUACCAUUUAGACUGCUUUGCCUGUCAGCUCUGCCGCCAGAGAUUUUGCGUGGGAGACAAGUUUUUCCUCAAGAACAACAUGAUCCUGUGCCAGCUGGACUAUGAAGGGGGCCAUCUUAAUGGCAGCACUGAGAGGCAGCCUCAGUAAGAGAUCAGAGAAAGGACCACUGUGAGCCAGCUGGACUAUGAAACUCACAGCAGCGCACACCUCAUCAGCUUCUUGUUUCAGACUGAACUGUAUGGAAAAAAAGAAAAAAAGAAAAAAAAAAAAAAACAUUGAUUGAACACAUUUCCAGCAGCCUAACUUUGAACUCUUUAUUCCAGAGCUGCGUGACUAUUUCCCUUAAAGCUGACAGUUCUGAUCAGAUGGACUUGAGAUCGACUGGGGAGUGAAAAUGGGGUAGUGAAACUAUCAGAAGAUAUUUUCCAGAGGACCUAAUGUGGACGGUGAACAGAAAAAGAGUGAACUAGUGUUUGCAAAUAAUUCAUAGUCUACUUCACCAAAUGUGAAACACUAGAUGGAUGGAAAGAAGUCAGCCAGGCCACACAUAGCACCAACCAAGUCAUCCAUCAAAGAAAAAUACAAAGUUCCCUCUGAUUGUCAGAUCGCUCUGGCAGUCACUGAAGUGUCUUUUGUGGUGAACCCCACCCAGCUGGCUCGAAGGAAGCCCCGAAACAAACGGAAACUUUAGCAAAGAUUGUUUGGCUCUGUUCAGCAACUGAGGAGUACCAGCUCCAUCUCCCCGCCUCUCCGCUCUGAAGCCUCGAAUGGGACUUCGAGCCCACUCUAGUUUUGUUCUCAUUCUGCUCGCAAGCUGUUGUUUUCUUGACUAAUUAAACUGGAUUUGAAUUUCA